AAGACCACCAGCAGCCUCAAGAUGAUGGAGAUGGGGUCAAUUUGAGGAGACCUCCGGUAUCGGCCCCAAACAUCCAGCAGCUCAUCCAGCAGCAAGUGCUGGAGCAACUGAGGAAUAUCGGAUUUCCGCCAUCAGAUCCUGCUGCAGAAGGAGCUAGAGUUGCUCCACAACCAGCGGUACCAGGACGUAGAGUCCCUCCAGCAGAUGGAGACCCCCUACAGUCAGAGAUACCUCCAGCACGUGGAGCAAUCCCAGUUCCUGAAGGACAACCGGAGGAUGUUCCAGAAAGGGCAGUCAUGCGGGAGAUCCUUCAGGAGCUCCAACUGCAAAGAGAAGCAAGAGAGAGAGAGGCAAGAGAGAGAGUGGAACGAGAAAUAGAGGCAAGGGAGAGGGAGGAAGCAGAAAGGAAGAAGAAGGAGAAGAAGAGAGGGAGAAAAUACUGGGGAGGGGGUGAUAGAUACCCAGGAUAUGCUGGUGGCCGUCGAGGGGGAGGGAGAGGAGGAGGAGGGUAUGGGGGAAGGUACGGCGACAGAGGAUGUCCUCCUAAACCCGCUGGAAAGCUCGUGGCUCGCUUUCAUAUGUGA